AUGUCUGAUACUAAAACAACGAAGUUGGAGAAGGUCCUUCCAUCUGAUGAGGACCUUGGCCGAAGGAACUGUUGUUGGAGGGAGCUCGCACAGAAGUACGAAAAAGAUCAUGCUGAGGAGCUGGAAAACGCCAUGGAUAUUGACGCCGUAAUCGAAAUGAUCAAUGAUCAAGAAAUGGAUCCUGAAAGUUCGGUUAGUGACGUCGAAGAAGCUUCAUCGCAGAACGAGAGCGGCGAUGAGAAUCAGGAAGAUAUCAAACAACAGCUGAAAUUGACCGUUUCUUCACGCAAGCGAACGUGGGAGGUGAAUGGUUUGAAGGAAAUAUUAGAGGACCGCGAUUUCGCUAUGGUGAGCCACGAAAAGGUUGAAAAUUGGCUGCGAAAUCAAAUGCAUAGCAUUUCAAGUCAGCUAAGUGUUCAAUACAAAAAGAAGGUUACCACGGUGACUGAAACGUGCAUGGAUGCCGAUGCCGACUCGCAGUAUUCGGUGGACACGGCACAGUAUAUACGAUCGAACAAAAAAGUUAGCAAUCGAGUUAAGGUGACCACGAUGAUCAAACAAUAUGCCGUUACUAGCAACGUACGCUACCAUUCAAUGGAAGACAUUUCCGACACAAAGCUAGCGAACGACCAGCAUACGUUACAAACACCUUCUCGGCGCUAUAGUAUAACAGAAAUGGCGUUAAAUCCAACAAGUUCCAUAGACAAUAGGCGGUCACCACAAACGAAGCCCGUCGUUCGCACCGCCCAGACCACCAAUCAUCGUACCAGGAAAAAAGUGUUCAAAAAAACAAUCCCCCGCAAGCGAGUUGAUCGUACGAAAUCCACUGAACAACGGUGCCCCCAAGACCAGCAACCGAUGCAGGCGGAAAUGUAUGAAAAAGCCUUAGAGCAGUGUGCGAAAAUGAAGAAAAACAAAACGCGCCGUUCCUCCCGGGUCUCCAAAAACAGUGACCGGAAGCUUAUAAGCGAAACUCCUCGAAAAUACUCAUCAACUUCAUCGUCCGAUGACAACAAUGAUGAGGAAGUGUUUCGAGGCUCGAACCAGUAUGCCAAAUCUUCCCAGCAAAUGAAAACCAACUUUUCCAGUGCGGCAGAGGUCGCUUCAAAGUUAACUAGAUCUCGCGAUCGGCAACCAACCUUAAACCAAUCCAAUCAAAGUUCUUCGUCCGAGCAGGAAAUCGUAGAACCGUUCCAGUCAAUUACGCUUGGGGUUUCAAAACGCCAGCGGUUACAGAAUGAAGCAUCCAGUGCAGGCACUGAUGUUGGGCAACACAGCCGAAACGUUUGCAUGCAGUCAAAGGGCAAGCGCCAUGGUGAGGGCUUAGUUAUUUUUCGCCCCAAAGUUAUACAUCCGACCCUACCAGACACCGAGCAGAUUUACCUUCGCAUGGCUGACUUAACACUGGAAGGCGUUACAAAGCAGCGAGACCUUGAGCUGUUCCGAGAUUUCAACUAUAAGGUUCAUCCAAACUCAAUCAUCUGCUUCUAUCCCAGUGAUUCAGAGUGUGACGAAUCGCGGUCCCAACAUAUCUCGGAAUCGAGUAUCGAUUCCUCGCUCGACGCGGACGAUCCUAUCCUUACUUUCAAUCCACGCAAUGUUAAACGGCUGAACUUAGUUGAAAAAACACUGUAA